GAAUUCCACAUGAUGUCAUGAAACCCGGUGGAAAUGGGUUUGUUAUGAUUGUGUACAUGUUGCCGGCUGUCGUGUUGCAUCGCACCCGUACGAUUCAGUGACGUUUUAAUACUACUGCGAUAUAUUUGUUAACAUUCCAUUUUGAUUUCAUAUAAGCUACAAUGUUGCUUGUCAAUUGUGCGCUUUUAUUAAAUUUGUUAUUUGCAUGGUCUGUCUUUGGCGGGCCUGAAGAGGAGCAAGGAGUAAAGUACGCUAAUAAGUGUGAAGUGUGCAAGGUCUUAGCUGUAGAACUUGAAGCUAGAUUAGACGAAACAGGAAAGACUCACGAUGUAUUGGAAAUUGGGUAUUCUGUAGAUGACAUUAUACCAAAAAAGAAAAAGGAUUAUAAGAAGUCAGAACUGCGAUUGCUAGAGAGUAUGGAAAAUGUUUGUGAACGUAUAUUGGAGUAUAAUAUACACAAAGAACGUACAGAUAGUACAAGAUUUGCAAGAGGGACAAGUCAGACAUUUAAAACACUCCAUAACCUUGUGGACAAAGGUAUAAAAGUCGAAUUGGGUAUUCCUUACGAACUUUGGGACAAACCUUCUGUAGAAAUUACUACUCUAAAAACACAAUGUGAAGAUAUGUUGGAGUCUUACGAAGCUGACAUUGAAGAAUGGUAUCAUACUCAUCAGGGAAAUAUUCCUUUAACAAGAUAUCUAUGCACCGACCGUGUAUUGAAAGAGCAAAAUGAUUCUUGUCUGUAUGAGAAGACUGGCAGUAAAGAUGAAAAAAAGAAAGAAACAAAAAAGGUAUCAAGUGACACAGAAAAUACAAAAGACAAAAGUGUAAAGCAAGAAUUAUAAAAUGAGAAUAUGAGAAAGAAUUAGAAUAAACAGAAUAAACUGCCUCAAAGAACAAAAUGACAUGGAUAUACCUUUUAUUACUGGAUUAAACAAAAUAUGUGAUCCUUCUCAUUGAGUAGAAACAUCAUAGAAUGAAACAUCAUGUAAAACAUACUGUACAUAUAUACAAAGGUAAUCUGUAAAUAUUAGUAUAGUAUUGCCCAUAUAUGCAAGUAUACAUGUGCCAUAUAUAUUGUACAAUAGAAAUAUUAUAAU